GUCAGGCAGGCAGGCAGUCGGUCCGAGUGGUGGUGUCCUCUCCUGCUUUUCUAAGCGGUUCCGCCCUUGCUCCUUCCCGGUCGGCAUCGGCAGCUGCACUCGCAGCGGCGCGGUCCCUCCGGGAGGCGCGGCGUGGGCCGAGCGGCGGCUGCAGAGCGUCGAGCCAUUCGCGGCGGAGGCGGCGGCGGCAGCCCGGCAGCCAACAUGGCGGCGGCGGCGGCGGCGGCGGCGGCGGCGGCGGCGGGCGCGGGGCCAGAGAUGGUCCGCGGGCAGGUGUUCGAUGUGGGGCCGCGCUACACCAACCUCUCGUACAUCGGCGAGGGCGCCUACGGCAUGGUGUGCUCUGCUUAUGAUAAUGUCAACAAAGUUCGAGUAGCUAUCAAGAAAAUCAGUCCUUUUGAACACCAGACCUACUGCCAGAGAACCCUGAGGGAGAUAAAAAUCUUACUGCGCUUCAGACAUGAGAACAUCAUUGGAAUCAAUGACAUUAUUCGAGCACCAACCAUUGAGCAAAUGAAAGAUGUAUAUAUAGUACAGGACCUCAUGGAAACAGAUCUCUACAAGCUCUUGAAGACGCAACACCUCAGCAACAACCAUAUCUGCUAUUUUCUUUACCAGAUCCUCAGAGGGUUAAAAUAUAUCCAUUCAGCUAAUGUACUGCAUCGUGACCUCAAACCUUCCAACCUGCUGCUCAACACCACCUGCGAUCUCAAGAUCUGUGACUUUGGCUUGGCCCGUGUUGCAGAUCCAGACCAUGAUCACACAGGGUUCCUGACGGAGUAUGUAGCCACACGUUGGUACAGGGCUCCAGAAAUCAUGUUGAAUUCCAAGGGCUAUACCAAGUCCAUUGAUAUUUGGUCUGUAGGCUGCAUUCUGGCAGAGAUGCUGUCCAACAGGCCCAUCUUCCCUGGGAAGCAUUAUCUCGACCAGCUGAACCACAUUCUGGGUAUUCUUGGAUCCCCAUCACAGGAAGACCUGAACUGUAUAAUAAAUUUAAAAGCUAGAAACUACUUGCUUUCUCUUCCACACAAAAAUAAGGUGCCAUGGAACAGGCUGUUCCCAAAUGCUGAUUCCAAAGCUCUGGAUUUACUGGACAAAAUGUUGACAUUCAACCCUCACAAGAGGAUUGAAGUAGAACAGGCUCUGGCCCAUCCGUAUCUGGAGCAGUAUUAUGACCCAAGCGAUGAGCCCAUUGCCGAGGCGCCAUUCAAGUUUGACAUGGAGCUGGACGACCUGCCCAAGGAAAAGCUCAAAGAGCUCAUCUUCGAAGAGACAGCUAGAUUCCAGCCGGGAUACAGAUCUUAAAUUUGUCAGGACACUCAGAGGACUGGACAUGCUCAGACAUCGGUGUUGUUCUUCCCAGUUCUUGACCCCGGUCCUGUCUCCAGCCCGUCUCGGCUUACCCACCUUGACUCCUUUGAGCCGUUCGGAGGGGCGGUUUCUGGUAGUUGUGGCUUUUAUGCUUUCAAAGAAUUCCUUCAGUCCAGAGAACUGUUCCUGGCAUCCCUGUGUGUGUCACCCACUGGUGACCUGUGGCAGUAUGUACUUUCAGUGCACCUACUGCUUACCGUUGCUUUAGUCACUAAUCGCUUUCUGGUUUGAAAGAUGCAGUGGUUCCUCCCUCUCCUGAAUCCUUAUGUGCUGCCCUGCUGACCCAUGCAGUCACACCAGAGAUAGUUCUUUCCAAAUUGGCUCUCGUCACUGGCCUCUCACUUUAUGAUAGGGAAGGCUACUACCUAGGGCACUUUAAGUCAGUGACAGCCCUUUAUUUGCACUUCAUCUUUUCACCAUCAGCGUUUCCCCGGAGCAGGAGCAUGUGGAAACACCUGGGAUGUCUUCGCAGCCUGCAGCAGGUGCUCCCAUCUCGGAAACCUUUGGGGGCACUUGCCCAUGUCUUU